AUGUUGUCUCCCAAAGGCGUCGCCUGCCUAGGCUUUGCAGCAGCUCUUCUCCUUGGCAAUCCAGUCUCUGCUGCUCCGCAAGCCCAUGAGGCUCGAUACCCCAAUGUGCCUCGCCUCGACAGUCGUGAUGACUCUUCCAACUCUACAACAAAUGGCACAAAAACAAGCUUAGAACCUAUAGUUCCUCCAACCGUUGACCCGGAAGACCUCUUCGUUCUCUCCCUUGCUACCAAUGUCACCUUAGCAUGGGCUGGCUCGCCUGACAACUCUUCCACCGACUCGAGCCCUCAGCGACGAAAGCUAAAGCGCGACGGCGGUAUCUUGUCACAAGCCCUUAUGACAUUUGCCUUUCCGACAAUUCCGCUUGACCAUUCGUUAUUCGUAACCGAUGUUAGCUGUACCAAGGGUAGUCUUACUGGCACUCUGAGCGACAACGCCUACGGAUUUGCGAAGAAGGAGUGGGCCGGCGUCGCCGAUAUUGUGUUUGUAACAUCAGUGGACGGCUGUGGUCUGGAUAAUCAAAACGACUUCUUUCAUGCGAAGUCUCUUUCCUUCUCCGACAGCAACAAGAGUUUCACUGCCACUGGAUCCUCGGCUGCGUUCACAGAUGUAGCUGAGCAUCUGAAUCUCAAAUGGGGCAACAUCGGAUCUACACAGGCGAAGCGCGCUGUUGAUAAGAGAGACAUGUUCGAGCCGCACGCUCUUGCUGCACGAGAUACCGAAUCAGUCACCUUAUCCUGGGACUACUGGCUUCAGGACGACGAUCAUCUCGGUACCGAUCCCGACGCCCCAUGGCCAGAUGCCGCUCCAUUGUAUAAAUGGGGCUCUGAGGGAGGCGAAGCGGAUGAUUCUUACUCAAAGGGCGAAAAUGCUGACCCCAGCGGCCACCACAAGCGUUCAAACGAAACCUCCGUUUCUACUCACUCUGCCCGUGAUCUCGAAUAUGGCUUGGCUCUCUACUGCAUUAACUGUGGAUUUGGUGGUUCAGCAACCCUAUGGGGUGAAAUUGACGCAUCCAUCUUACACCUUAGCGUCGACACACUGCAAGUCGGACUCACCGCCAACUUUGCCGCAGGACUCAAUCUUGGAAUGGAGGCGUUUUUCAAAUAUGAGAAAGAAUGGAAGAAGGAACUGGCCCGAAUCGGCCUGGGCGGUUUUGAGAUCCCCUUGAUCAUCGACGUUGGUCCUUUCAUCAGCGUCUCAGUAGACGCUAAUGUGAGCAUCGAAGCAACUGGCACUCUUGCCAUCGGCGCCUCCGUAUCUUGGCCAAACAUUGACAUCAUGCUGGAUUUGCUUGAUUCCAGCAACAGCCACUCAAAUGGCCUUUCUCCUCAGUUCUCGCACAUGGCCGAAGCUUCUGGGGAGCUUCAUCUUAUGGCAGCGCUGGGUUUGCCUAUCGAGGUGGGCGUUGGCAUCGAUAUUCUUGACGGAGCGUUUUCGCUGGACGCUGGUAUCGUGGAUACUCCUUCAAUCGUUGCGGAGGGCUCUUUCGAAAUCGCGGCCUCAGUCGGAGACGAUGGAGAAAUCGACGUCAGCCUUGGCGGUAGCUGUUACGGCAUUGCUUGGGAUAUCCACUUUGAGAACAGGCUUCAAGCUGUUUUAGAAGGUGAUUUCGUCGGCGAUGAUACAUACGACCUCAUCCCUAUUCAGGUCAGCGCUCCCAUUGCCCAGGGCUGCAUCGGAUACGUCAACGAUGGCACCGACGACAACUCAGACACGCCCCAGGGCGAAGGUUCCAGCGCAGGCAUGGGCGGCAAUGGCUUGAACAGUGGAGGACUUGGCAUGUCCGGCUCCGGCCACAAGCACUGCCAAGUCCACGAGCACUGCCAAGAGCUCAAGCAAGAGCACAAGCACUACUAA